AUGACUCAAAAGCUUGAGGAGUUUUUGUUGUCUGAGGGAGAAGAUCCGGCCGAGUGGCCUUAUGCAUACCUUUUAGCGCCACCGUGUGUUACACGGCAGCUGAAUAACCCGCUUUCUUUCUGGUAUCUUUACAACUCCAACAAGGAACUCAGUGCAAUGAUCGUUCAGCUUCAAACGUCAUAUGGCGAGCGAAGAAUGUGGCUCACAAGAAAUUGCCGAAAGAACGCGUCCGGAGGAGGCCCCUACUGCUUUCAGGGAAAAUUCGACAAGGAUCUGCAAGUCUCACCUUUCACACCUCUCAGGGCUAGCUAUGUCAUUGACUCAAGCGAUCCAUGUGCGGCGCCAUUGGAUAAGCUCAAGAUUAUGGUGACAUUGAAACAAGAAAACAAAACGGUUAUGCAUGCAGUAGUCAAUUCCACUGCUCCGCCGCUUGACGCUGCUACUGCGAGCCUAGGCUCCUCCGUGCUCUUCCUCGUGAAGUGGUGGUGGGUCCCUAUGUGUGCCAUCGUGGUUUUUCGGAUACUUUCCAAAGCUGCCAAGAUUUACUUGACACACAGUGACAACGAACUCAACAUCCAGACAAGAGCAGAACCACUUAGAACAGCCAUUGCUAAGUCUGCACGUUUAUCUGACAGGGGCAUUAUUGACUAA